AGAGACCGUGUACACACAGCAGACUGGACAGCAGCAGCAGCAGCAGCUCACUUUUGAAAGGCUGAAGAUGGACAUUGCUAUACAGAGCCCCUGGAUCCGACGCCCCCACUUUCCUUCCUUCUUCCCCUGCCGGAUCUUCGACCAGAAUUUCGGGGAGCACCUCUCAGAGGGCGAGCUGUUCCCCUCCUUCCCUUCCAUGUUCUGGCCCAGAUCUUCCUUCUUUCGGAUGCCCAGCUGGGUGGAUUCAGGACUCUCUGAGAUGAAGCUGGACAAGGACAGGUUCAUGGUCAACCUGGAUGUGAAGCACUUCUCUCCUGAGGAGCUGGGAGUCAAGGUGAACGGAGACUUCCUCGAGAUCCGCGGGAAACACGAGGACCGGCAGGAAGCCGCGAGGGGCGAUUCCGUUGACAAGCCAGUGACAGGGACAGAAGGGCUCCGUUCUGCCAUAGUCCCCAGAAACCUGGUGCAGUAUUUGUUUAUUUAUGUAAUCUGUAUACAGUCCUUUACUAACUGAAAUAUUCACACAGGCAAGGUGCAGGGCUAGCUAGUUUCAAACACCAGUGCCUUCCUCCGAAGGAACCGAAUUGUCACCUGAAAACUCGUAACCUGUGAAACCCGAAUUCCUUCAUUCGGUUGCCUUUGUUAGUAUAACGUAUAGACACUGUAUAUAAACCCCACAGUCACCUAUAGGGAAGCUAUGAGAGCAAACAGCACAGUGAAAGUGUUCCAGAACAUUCUCCUCAAUACAUUAGCAAUACAACUCCAGAUCUGUUACUAGAACUGCAUGUGUGCCACGAGUGUGCGUGUGCGUGUGCGUGUGCGUGGGCACGUUUAUUUGCAUGGCAUUCCUAAUCACUGAGGUAACAAAUGGUAGUGUCAGCAGUUGGCAAUGGUUAAAAGGGGGGCCAUUGUUGGUAGUGCUAAUAAGAGGUAAGAAAUGGACUUUCAAUCCUUUAGCACUGCUGUAAAGGGGAACUGAGACUGCUUGUGCUAAA